AUGACGAACCCACGCAGCCUCCGAGAAGCCGCCAGUUCAGUCGCGACCAACUUACGGCUCAAAAUCCGCCAUCGCUCGCAUCCUAAUUAUCCUUGGCUCUUCCUUCCUCGAGAGAAGGAUGUUAUAGACAGCAUUGUCAAUCUAUGGCUUCAGGAUAAAGAGAAUCUCGAUUUUGUCACCCAAAAAACAGGCAAAUCUUUCGACGACGACCCUCGAAAAGAUAUAUCGGAUGCAUAUCCUAUCAUCUGGGCUGAUCGGCCUCUCGCAACCGGUGUUUUACAUACCCCGUUUCCCGGCAAGAUCCUCGUUAUUAUCGCGCUCGAGGAUUUGGACGAUCAGAAUGGCUUGCCCUCCAAUAUCGGUCAGAUUCCCUGUGGGGGCUUCGCAGUGCAUUCAGGAGAUGAGGAUAUGAAGUUUAAGAAGCAAGGAGGAGGCUUGGCUUUUUUUAUCCUGUUGAACUGA